ACGCGACUUUAGUAACAGUCGGGAUCCAAUGCCGGCAACACGUUGUCCGAGCUGGUCGUAAUUGUUGUUCAAAGUCGCGCGGGAAUUUCGAACUACUGACAGUAACGGAUAUCGAGAUUUUAAUCAAUAAAUAACGUACUGUACAGUGUAUAUGAAAUUAUUACAUUUUUUUUUUAAACUCAGGGUAAUACCGUAAAUGGGGUAUAGCAGGUUUUAACAGUGCAGUGAAUUUAUGUAUUUUGGUGCUGAAUAAUAUCAAACGAUGUCUAACACCAUAGCUAAUGGAGCUGAGAUUGGAAAUAGCAAUAAUAUAGGGAAAACAAUAAUACCAAAUUUGGCACCAGAAAAAGAUCGAGAUGUAGAAAGAGGCGAGCCAGUGAGAGGGGGCAACCCCAAUCCGACGCCGGUUUCGACGUCGGCGUCGCCGUCGGCGUCGGCAACAGAGGCGCACCCUGGUGCCCCACAUGGCGUCGUUCCGAGUAGACGGAAAGCAGUCGCUCGUCUAUUACGACGUCUCGUGCUGGGAAUGUUGCUCGUCGCAGUCCUUGCUGCCGUUUCGGCCCUUGUCUGGAUCUACAUGGGACCGAUAUUCCUUCUGCAGCUUGUUCUCGUUGCUAUCGUCGCGUAUUUCGCAUCCGGUGGACGUUUCCGAUGGUUUUACGUCGUCGUGAAAACCGCGCCGCGAGACGUUCGAGCGCUUUCACGAUACGCCAAAGUCCUGUGGGCGAUACGAAAUUAUCAAAAAAAAAAUCGGAGCAUCGCCGACCUCUUCCAGCUAAAUGUCCAACGGCAUCCGAAUAAAGUCUGUCUCAUCUUCCAAGAUCAGGAAUGGACAUUCCAGCAAGUGGACGAUUUCAGUAACAAAGUAGCAAAUGUCUUCAAGAGCCAUGGUUACCGCAAAGGUGACGUAGUGGGAUUAUUUUUGGAAAAUCGUCCAGAGUUCGUGGCGAUUUGGUUGGGUUUGAGUAAACUUGGCGUUAUCAUACCAUUAAUUAAUACGAAUCUCGUUAAGAGCUCUUUGCUACACGGUAUUAAUAUUUCAAAAUGCCAAGCGGUGAUAUACGGUACUGACUUGGCAGAAGCUAUAAAAGACAUCGCAUCGACCCUCGACGCAAAGAUCACACUGUACAGAUUUAGUGACAAGCCAGGAGAGUCGUCGAAUGGCUUAAAGGAAAAAGACUUGACAGCGCUCCUAGCGGAUGCUCCUACAACUUUACCGGUAGUACAAGAAAAGGGCGAAUACAUGGAUAAGCUCUUAUACGUUUUUACCAGCGGUACAACUGGACUUCCUAAAGCAGCUGUCAUCACAAAUUCCAGAUUUAUGUUCAUCGCCAGCGGCAUCCACUACCUAGGAGCAUUUAAAGAGUCUGACAGAUAUUACACGCCACUACCCUUGUACCAUACUGCGGGCGGUAUCAUGACCAUAGGUCAAACUUUGAUACACGGCUCGACGACAGUUAUUAGGAAAAAAUUUUCAGCCAGCUCAUACUUCAAUGAUUGCACGAAGUACAAGUGCACGGUGGGCCAGUAUAUUGGAGAGAUGUGUCGUUAUAUCUUGGCCUCUCCUCCGAAAUCGGAUGACAAGAAUCAUACAGUUAGGCUCAUGUUUGGCAAUGGACUCAGGCCUCAAAUUUGGACUGAAUUUGUGAAACGGUUUAACAUACCGAAGAUUGUCGAAUUUUAUGGUGCUACCGAAGGAAAUGCAAAUAUUGUUAAUGUAGACAGUACUGUUGGCGCCAUUGGUUUCAUAUCCAGAAUAAUACCUUCGGUUUAUCCAAUUUCUAUAAUAAAAGUAAAUGACCAAGGUGAACCCAUAAGAAAUGCCCAAGGACUUUGUCAAGUAUGCGAACCAAACGAACCCGGUGUCUUCAUAGGAAAAAUAAUUCCUAACAAUCCAAGCAGGGCGUUUCUGGGUUACGUUGAUCAAAAAGCAUCCGAAAGUAAAGUGGUUCAUGACGUCUUCACAAAAGGCGACUCAGCAUUUAUAUCUGGCGAUAUCCUUAUGGCUGAUGAACUUGGCUACCUGUACUUCAAGGAUCGCACAGGCGAUACCUUUAGAUGGAAGGGAGAAAAUGUUUCGACAUCAGAAAUAGAAGGAAUCCUUAGCAAUUUAGUGAAUUAUCGUGACUGCAUAGUUUAUGGUGUCGAGAUUCGAGGUGCCGAAGGCAGAGCUGGUAUGGCCGCUAUUUACGAUCCUGACGGAACGUUGGAUAUGGAUAAAUUGUCAUCCGAUGUACGCGAACACUUGCCAAGCUAUGCCAGACCACUGUUCGUAAGAAUUUUAAGAACGAUCGAGGUCACUGGUACAUUCAAGUUAAAAAAGAAGGAGCUCCAGGAAGAGGGUUUCGAUGUUCGAAAACUCGAAGACAAGAUUUAUUAUAUGGAUCCCAAGUCGGGCUACCAGCUAUUGACUUCAGAAAUAUUUGAUAAUAUUCAAGAAGGAAAGUUACGUCUUUAACGAGUAGCUUAGACCUAUGAUGGUCGAUUUGCAAUCUGCGACGCGGAUGAAUGUCUUACUGGCGUCAAAAGUAUUCGAAUUGUUAUGGGAAUCCGUUGAAUUGUUGAUGACGACGAGGGGAAUGAGUUCGCAGGCAUAAUUAUUUUCAUAGCGUUGUUAUUUGUUUUGUUUUAUUGAGGUAAUCGUGUUUUCCUUGUUUUUUUGUUCUAUAGUUUAUUAUAUUGUACAUGGGUAUUGGACCUACGAUUUCCUACAGCUACAUAUUUAUAUUAGAGAUGAAUUCAGACCACCUCUCGAACUUCCUAGAAAACAUGUACGAAUUCUCUUUAAGCGAUUUCGAAUUCGUGGCUGCUUCGAACCGUUAAUUAAUUAUGCUGCAUUCCACGGUGUAUGUGUUUAUUGCCAAUUAGGACGUAGUAGAUGUAUUGUUAUACUUGUUACUUUUUUUUUAGAAUAAAACUUUAAUAUUUUCUACGGGCCGUUAUUAAAAUUCAAUUUUAUCUUACUAACGUGUGCCUGAAAGAAAGAGAGUCUAGAAGAAAGUUUUAUUAAGACUAAUCAUUUUUAUGGUAAUGUUUUAUAUAUGUAUUGUAUGCUGUGCAUAUAUAUGGUAUUUUCGUUCAAACCCACAUCACGUCUUUGUUACGUCACCGAACGGAUGCCACUGACUGGCAUGUACAGGUCUAUUCAAAACAAAUAGACCAAUUUAGAUUGAUCACUUAUUACGAAGCUACGUUAAUUAAAUAUUACUUGAUACCAUAUCUUUCACAUCUAUAUCUUUGGAAAGGUUAAAGAUAAAAAUAUAAUUCAUAGCA